AUGUAUCAUGGGCGAACUACUAGUAAAGGGCCCUCCACUUCUACGCAGAUUUACCAGCAACCUCCGAGGCUUCUCAUUGUGCAUAUCUCCUUACCGUCCUGGGCUGACAUCUGCUCCCACCUCUGUGAGGCUCUGCAGAACUUUUUCUCUCUAGCCUGCAGCUUGAUGGGCCCCAGCCGCAUGUCCCUUUUUAGCUUAUACAUGGUACAAAAUCAGCAUGAGUGCAUCCUCCCAUUUGUGCAAGUGAAAGGGAACUUUGCCAGGCUGCACACCUGUAUCUCAGAGCUCCGCAUGUUACCAAGAGAAGGUUGUUUCAGACCACGAGGCAUUUCUCUGCAGCUGGCGGUAGAAGAUGGGCUCCAGCAGUUCAAACAGUACAGCAGACAUGUGGCUACAGGUUCAUCUUUGACCUACACUUCCCUGGAGAUUACUGUUCUGACUUCCCAGCCCGGAAAAGAGGUGGUCAAACAAUUGGAGAGCGGAUUGAAAGACAUAGACCUAGUCCAGGUCAGGAGGCUUCAGGUGGUCGAGAUCACAAAGGGAGCCCUAGAGUGUAUGGACUCAGCAUCCCCUAUUGAAGAGCCCAGCAAUGAAGAGAGUUCUUUCCUGGGAACUGACAUUGAACUUCAGACUAUAGACAAUGAUGUCAUCAGCAUGGAGAUUUUCUUCAAAGCCUGGCUGCAUAACAGUGGAACAGACCAAGAACAUGUUCAUCUUCUUCUUCCUUCACAGUCUUUCAGCAACAUUUCCAGAGCCCGGGAUAAUCCAAUGUGUCUGAAAUGUGAUCUUCAAGAGCGACUUCUCAGCCCAUCUCUCCUCCCUGGCACAGCUGAUGGCUCCCUGAAAAUGGAUGACCCCAAAGGAGACUUCAGCACACUCUACCAGAUGGCUUCCCAAUCAUCAGCCUCUUAUUACAAGCUCCGAGUGAUCAAGGCUCUAAAAUCCAGUGGGAUCUGCGAGUCAGUGACUUAUGGACUCCCAUUCAUCCUCAGACCCACAAGCUGUUGGCAGCUGGACUGGGAUGAGCUGGAGACAAAUCAGCAGCAUUUCCAUGCUUUGUGUCACAGCCUGCUGAAAAGAGAAUGGCUGCUGUUGGCCAAAGGGGAGCCCCUGAGCCGAGGACAGCGCCUGAGAGAGGCUGCCACCACCUUCUAUGUGAUCAUCCCAUCACACUCCCUCACUCUGCUGGUGAAGGCAGUGGCCACGCGGGAACUGAUGCUGCCCAACGCCUUCCCCCUGCUGCCUGAGAACCCGCCUGAUGACAGUCUUAAGAUCGUGGAGGGCGUGCUGGACAGCUUGGAGCUAGAGCCCACCUACAACCCCUUGCAGGUUUGGAGUCACCUGUACUCACACCUGAGCAGCACCUUUGCCAAGCCCCAGGGCCGACUCCACCCCAGCUGGGAUAGUCGGGCCCUGAGAAAGCCUGGGCAGUUGCAGACGAGUCGAGUUCGAGCCACAGUGGCCCCUCUACCUAUGACUACAGCCCCUAGCAGAGCCCCCAAGAUGCCAGCAGCCAGCAAAGCCUCUGCAGAAGCCUUCUUCCAGCUUUCAGAGGAAGAGGAGGAGGAGGAGGAGGACCCCUCAGGGCCUUAA